AUGGUUACUACCAGCACAGUGGCACCCGCCCGUUUGCCUUUCACCGCUGCAGUCCCUCCAGUGGUUGCCAGGGCAGUCGAAGUGUUGGGUCUACAGUAUACCAACAUCACGUACAUACACAUCCUGGUUGCAAUGGCUAUCCCCUUCGGUCUGAUUUACCUCUGGCCGAUGAUCGGGAGCGCCAUUUCCGGCCCGCUGUUCGUAGCUGCGCUUGACAACCUUACGGCCCCGCUGUUCUGGCCGAAUUAUGGCAUCCUCGCGGGUUUUCCUGGGUUUGCUUCGUCGCCUCCCGCAGUCCAGAUGAUCUCGUAUUUCGCGACGGUUAUCUUCUGCGCAUGUCUCCUUUACUUGAUCCAGAUCUAUACCGGCCCGGAACGCAACUGCCCUCCCAUUGUCAACCGAAAUCUGGUGUCAGCGUUUGUCUCCGGCUUCGUGGUGACUGCUUCAGUAGCCUAUAUAGCUGCUCUGUCCGGCAUGAUGACGUCGACGGCGUUUGAGGCGUUGUGGGCCGCUCUCACUGCGGGAGGCUACGCAGUGCAGCAAAGACGAGACAAACAAAAAGGUCCAGUCGAAUAA